AUGGAUUGAUUGACGAAACAUUUCUGAAAAAGGAGAAUUACAAUAGUAGAGAGAGGUUGAAACAAACGAAAUAAUGUAUCAAUACUUUCUGCACGACUGUGCUAUAUCUUGCAUUCACAUGACUUGUAGUAUUUCUUUGCAAUUUUUGAUGGGGCGGAUGAUUUUAUGUACUGUGUUGGCAACGAUAGAACACACCAUGAAAAAUCUGAAUGUUGAUAGAAUGUAAAACAGGUGGAUAUCCAUGUUAUUCUUUGCAGUGAACAAUUCAUGUUAUUUGUGACACAUGCAGUGCAUUUAACGUAAUUAGGAUUAAAACAAAAGAUGAAAGUGAAAGUUUUAAGUAGGAACCCCGACUACUAUCUGCGUGAAACCAAAAGAGAUAUACAUAAAGUUCCACGAAAUUAUGAUCCGUCAUUACAUCCUUUUGAAGGGCUGAGGGAAUACACAAGGGCAUUGAAUGCUGUUAAGCUAGAACGUGUGUUUGCUAAACCCUUUGUUGGGAAUCUAGACGGACAUCAGGAUGGUGUAUCAUGUCUUGGAAAAAAUCCACAGCAUCUCUCUUUGCUAGUGAGUGGUUCGUAUGAUGGUGAGGUUCGAUUAUGGGAUCUGCCACAACAGAAAUGUGUACGCAAUUUUCGGGCUCAUGAUGGCUAUGUGCGGGGAAUCACGUUUCUCCCAGAUGGGCAGCAAUUUGUUACUGUUGGUGAUGAUAAGACCAUCAAGAUAUGGAAGACUGAUUUGCCAGAUUGGGGGGAAGAAGAGGAGCCAACCAAUACUUACAUUAGCAAGUCUGUAAUAGUGGGUGUAAGCCACCACCAGAAGGAGCCUAUGUUUGCAACAUGUGGAGAAGUGUGCCAGGUGUGGGAGGAAGAUCGCAAUGAGCCAAUCAGAACCUUUCAGUGGGGUGUUGAUAGCUUGCAUGAUGUCAGUUUUAAUCCAAUUGAAACUCAUCUUUUAGCUACUUGUGCCAGUGAUCGAAGUAUCAUCCUUUAUGACACUCGAGACACAGGACCUGUCAGGAAAGUAAUCAUGAGGCUACGAUGUAACAGAUUGUGCUGGAAUCCUAUGGAAGCAUUCAUAUUCACAUGUGCUAAUGAGGAUUAUAAUUUAUACACUUUUGACACAAGGAAGCUGAAGCAACCACUGAAAGUACACAUGGACCAUGUUUCAGCAGUGACAACUGUAGAUUAUUCUCCGACUGGACAGGAAUUUGUGAGUGGUGGCUACGACAAGUCUGUGAGGAUAUUUGAACAUGGAAAGAACCAUUCUCGUGACGUUUAUCACACAAAACGAAUGCAGAGGCUUACAUGUGUUUUGUGGUCAAUGGAUGACAAAUACAUCCUUUGUGGUUCGGAUGAAAUGAAUAUUAGAAUGUGGAAGGCAAGAUCAGCAGAAAAACUUGGCGUGCUGAGACCGCGCGAAAGGUCCGCUCUGAACUACAGUGAAGCUUUGAAGGAAAAGUUUGUUAGUCACCCUCAGAUCAGACGCAUCGCUCGUCAUCGGCAGAUUCCGAAACACAUCUAUCAUGCGCAGAAAGAACUCCGCACCAUAAAGUUAAAACAGAAGAGAAAGGAAGCUAACAGGAGAGCACAUUCAAAACCAGGAACUGUACCAUUUGUGUCUGAAAAGAAGCAGCAUGUUGUGGAAGAGCAAGAAUGACAUUGAUUCUAUUGCUAUUGCAUUCUGUACAUUACUUAACAGCAUACUGAACUGGAAUAAAUUGUUUCAUGGAAUGUAGAAUUGAA